AUGCCUCGUCGUACAGCAAAUACCAGGUCGCAGUCGACACUGUCCUUUGGAGCUAAGGGCCGAGUGACUAAACCAGUCACCGCGCCAUCCCACAAAGCCAAGGCUCUCGAGUCAACUCCAUCACUUUCCGACAAAGCUGCCUCCACUACCCCAGAGCCCCAACAACUGUCCAUCACUCCAACCGAACCCUCCAAGCCCCAUGUUGCAGAGCUAGCGGUGCGACAGCAGGCUGCAGUCGAACACGAAGCGCCCCAAUCUGAAGAGGACAGGCGAGCACUGAAGCUGAACAAACAGGACAUCUGGCGAUACUGGCAGGCUCAAGAGAAGACUCGCAUGGCACCUAGGGCCCACCAAGAAGGCAUGGAGGUAGAGGAAAAGAUUCUCCGGCAUUUUGAUCUUUCCAGCCAAUAUGGGCCCUGCAUUGGAAUCGCUCGAGUCAAGCGCUGGAGACGUGCCAAUCAGCUGAAGCUUAACCCACCUAUCGAAGUCCUCGCAGUUCUGCUCAAGGGAAAGAAUACAAAGGAGCGGGCACAUAUUGAUGAAUUAUUAUCCUGA